GCCUCCUAGCGUCGCCGCGGUCUUCGAGCCCAGUGUCCCGUCGCAGCGGCCACUCGGAGCUCUCGGUACAGUGCAGAGCCAAGGGUCGGGCGAGCGGUCCGAGGGUCGGGGCGGCCAAGGAGAGGGGCAGGAGCAGCGGACCCAAGACGAAGCGAGCGACGCUCUCACAAACUUCCACGAGCGCCGGAGCUAUGAAGAUGGUCGCUCCCUGGACUCGGUUCUACUCCCACAGCUGCUGUUUGUGCUGCCAUGUCCGCACCGGCACCAUCCUGCUGGGCGUCUGGUACCUGAUCAUCAAUGCUGUGGUCCUGCUGAUCCUGCUGAGUGCCCUGGCAGAUCCCAAUCAGUAUCACUUUUCAGGCUCUGAACUAGGAGGGGAGUUUGAGUUCAUGGAUGAUGCCAACAUGUGCAUUGCUAUCGCAAUCUCUCUCCUCAUGAUCCUGAUAUGUGCCAUGGCUACUUACGGUGCAUACAAGCAACAUGCUGCCUGGAUCAUCCCGUUCUUCUGUUACCAGAUCUUUGAUUUUGCCCUGAAUACUUUGGUUGCAAUCACUGUGCUUGUCUAUCCGAACUCCAUUCAGGAAUACAUACGACAGCUGCCUCCUAGCUUUCCCUACAGAGAUGAUAUAAUGUCCGUGAAUCCUACCUGUUUGGUCCUUAUUAUUCUUCUGUUUAUCGGCAUUCUUUUGACACUUAAGGGCUACUUGAUUAGCUGCGUUUGGAGCUGCUACAGGUACAUCAACGGCAGGAACUCCUCCGAUGUCCUGGUGUAUGUUACCAGCAAUGAUACCACAGUGCUGCUGCCUCCGUACGAUGAUGCUACUGCUGUGCCUAGCACUGCCAAGGAACCACCACCACCUUACGUGUCCGCCUGAACCUGGUGCGGAAGAGCUGAGAGCAGCAGUUUGAGCCCUUAGCUGCAUGAAUUAUCCUGUGGUUUCACUUCCAUGAUGAACUCUCUGAGCCACAUUUUACAAUUUAGAUGUUAAGCUGAAGCCUCUGUUGACACAUGCCCUGUAGCUAAGCACUGACUAGCGAGGCUGUAGGAGUGGAGUGUGGUGAGUUCCCAGAGUCUUUCUCAAAACUACAGACGUUGGUCCCCGGGCUGGCUUAUACCUGCCUGGCCCCAGAGCUGGGUGGGCAGUCAUACUUUUCUUCUCCAUUCCCUCUGAUUGUUUUGAAAGUAUAAAAUUAAAAUUAGAUGAUACUUAAAUCUUUCCAGUAUACGUAAUACAAAUAGUAUUAAUUGCUCUAAUUAGAUAGUUAGGAGCCCUUCCAUAUGUGAUAUAAGAAUUCCCCUACUAUCCCUGAAUUCAAUGAUACUCUGAAUUUGCUGGUCAAGGAUUUUCUUUGGGCCAAAUAAAGACCCCCAAGGUAAUAGGCAACAGUGAGGGCAACAGCUGCCGGGCUGCCUGUUGUUUUGGGCUAUGGUUGAUGUGUCUCCCUGUGUGAAAGGGGGGCCAGCUUGCUCUGCACUGAGAGACUCACACUCCCUUUUCCUUGGUUACCUGCACCAACAGAGCCACCAUGUAUGUUUGGGAAAAGGUGUUCACACUCUUUUCUUGCAAGGUACAACCUGCUUUGAAUUUCUAAGUAUGCCUAAUCAUUCAUUAAAAUGUCAAGCAGUCUUCAGAAAGAUAAGGAGGUUUGUUCCCAUGUAGAAUACUCUAGACUGUCUGGAUUGUGAAAGACGUUUAUGUUCAUGUCUCUGAAUGUGAGCAGGUCUCCUGCUUGGUCCUUGCUCAAUGUGCUGUACACAAAGGCUUUGCAAUUAAAGUUUGUCUGCAUCCAAGAAAA